AUGUCCUUCUUCUCCUCCCGCGCAACUCGCACAUCCAUCGCCCAACUCGUCGCCGCCACAACCUUCGCCUCCCCCGCCCGCUCCUUACGCAACAACAACGCCCACCUCUCCGACGCGCAGGCCCUCGAGCGCCUCGACGCCCUCACAUCGCCCACCUACGACUUUGAGGACCACUUUGCCGAGGACCUCCAGCUCGUCUUUGAAGCCGUCUACGAUGCCCUGCGCGGUGAUAAUGAGUCCCUCUCGCACGAUGCGUUCCACGCGUUCCUUACAAACGUGCAACAAAUGACGGAUAUCCCGCCCAUGGAUCGCGACGAGUACGAUUUCCGCGAGUUUCUCCAGUUUUGGACGUAUAAUGGCUUUUGGAAUGCCGUGGCGGUGUUGCCGCCAAAGGAUCUCUCGAGGCCGCUGACGAAUUACUUUAUAAAUAGUAGCCAUAAUACGUAUUUGGAUGGGAAUCAGUGGAGUUCGACGAGUUCGCCGGAUUCGUAUACGAAUGCUCUCCGCCGCGGCUGCAGAUGCAUCGAAAUCGACGUCUGGAACGGCGUCGCUUCCACAUCGUCCUCGCCCUCACAGUCACCACACCGCACCCCCAACAUCCACCACGCCAAACGCGCAUCCGUCAGCUCCUUCAUGAGCGCCGCCACCCAGGCCGUCAACGAUACCCGCGAUGCCGCCCUCUCCUUUCUCCGCAACCGCUCCAGCUCCAGCUCUCGUGUAUCCCAAGCACCUACCCUCUCGCCCGUCUCGACGCUGCACCUCUCGCCGCAUACAAGCAUGGGUACGGAAUCGUGUCCGCCUUCACAAGCCAGCGUGUCGACAUCAUGCCUUCCCAGCAGUACAGAGAUAAACAGACAACCCCGAGCGAGUGCCGUCGUCGAACCCAUCGUCACGCAUGGACACACAUGGACACAGCCCUGCGGCUUUCGCCAAGUCUGCGAGGCCGUCCGAGACGCCGCCUUUGUCAACAACCCUUUGCCCAUCAUUGUCAGUCUCGAGGUACAUGCCGACCAUGAGCAGCAGCAGGUCAUGGUCGACAUCAUGCGCGAGGUCUGGAAGGGUCUGCUCAUCGAAGUUCCCCAGGACGGAUGCGAUCCCAAGUUCCGCACGCCAAACCUUGACCAGGUCCAGCGCAAAAUCUUUGUCAAGGUCAAGCGCCUUCAUGCAAGUCUUCAUGCGUCUGGUCCGUCAUCACCUAACCCUCAAGCACCAGCAGCUACUGCAACAGCAGCUGUAACAACAGCUCCAUUUGCGCUGCAGUCACCUCCAUCACUGGCGUCCAAGGCAUCAGCGCCAACACCGACAAGCUCUCCUCGACUUGCACAGCUAAGCAAAUUCAUAUCAGCACCGACAUACUCACCUCCACCGUCUCCUCUCACCAAGAUCAGCCCUGCACUCAUGGCCCUCGGCAUCUACACACGCAGCGAGCACUUCAAGAGCCCACAGAGCCUCAACACCAAGGAGGCCAAGUUCCCCUCCCACAUCUUCUCCGUUGCCGAAAACCAGCUGCUUGACACACACCGGGUCAACGAGCGUGGUCUCUUCCUCCACAACAAGUGCUUCUUUAUGCGCGCCUACCCGAAUGUCAUCCGAGUCGAUUCGUCCAACCCAGACCCUUCGCUAUUUUGGCGCCGUGGCGUCCAGAUGGUCGCCAUGAACUGGCAAAACAUGGAUGAAGGGAUGAUGCUCAACGACGCCAUGUUUGCGGGCGAGGACGGCUGGGUACUCAAACCACCCGGAUACCUUAGCUCCAACAAGACCUGCGAGACGGCCGACGACGCCGAGCCCCCUCGCAUCAUGGACUUUGACGUCACCAUCUUCCUCGGCCUCAAUGUCGCCGCUGGCGAUAUCUACACGCCCGACAAAACACUCAGCUCGAUUGUCAAGGUAGAAAUACACGUCGACAAGAAGGAGGGCGCCGGCGGUAAGGAUCGCCCGCUGCCCGAGUCUACUUACAAGCGGCAGACGGCCUCCCACAAGACCCUGAACCCGUUCUUCGGCGCCACCGGCGAGACGCUGUCGUUCCCAAAUGUGCCGAGGGUCGUCGAACCCCUCAGCUUUGUCCGCUUCAAAAUAGAAAGCACGUCGGGAUUAGUUGCGUCGACGACCCUGUCAUGGGCGUGUAUUCGGUUAGAUAGAUUGCGUCAGGGUUAUCGAUUUAUCCAUUUGAAGGACGCAAGAGGUGAUCCCGUGCAUGGCGGCCGACUGUUUGUAAAGAUUACCAAGACCAUCAAAUAG